AUAAAGGAUUAUGAAGUGAAAUGUAAGGUGGGAGCUGGUCUUUUCCUCAAAUGCAAAUCGAACUGCCACUUGGGCAGGGGAGGGAUCACUCGUUGCUUUUCUUUUUCUUUUUUUUUGGUUUAGUAUCACUACUUGCUUUAUCCGAGGACGAUAACCUUCGUCGGGCUUAGACAUUGCCACGCGUGCAGUAUGAUGCCACGGUGGAUUCUGAUGGUAUAUUCCUCCCAACGGAAUGCUAUAUAUGAGUAUGGGAUGUGUGGGUAUAUCUUCGCAUUUUCGUCUCCUGUCCACUUCGCCCCGUCCAACCUAAUAUCUUCGCAGCCAUGUCUGCCUUCGUCGGAAAGUAUGCAGACGAGCUGAUCAAGACCGCCAAGUACAUUGCCACCCCGGGCAGGGGCAUCCUCGCUGCGGAUGAGAGCACGGGCACCAUCGGGAAGCGCCUCUCCAGCAUCAACGUCGAUAACGUCGAGUCCAACCGCCAGGCCCUCCGGGAGCUCCUCCUCACCUCGCCCGGUGCCCUCCAGUACAUCUCCGGGGUCAUCUUCUUUGAGGAGACCCUGUACCAGAAGACCUCCGGAGGGAAGCCCUUCGUCGAGGUCCUCCAGGAGAAUGGCGUGGUCCCCGGCAUCAAGGUAGACAAGGGUACCGUGGAGCUUGCCGGCACCAACGGGGAAACUACCACCCAGGGGUUCGACUCCCUCGGGGCGCGGUGCGCCCAGUACUACAAGGUUGGGGCCCGGUUCGCCAAGUGGCGUGCUGUCCUCAAGAUCGGGCCAACCGAGCCGUCCGAGCUCUCGAUCCAGCAGAACGCCCAAGGCCUGGCCCGAUACGCCAUCAUUUGCCAGGAGAAUGGGCUCGUCCCCAUUGUUGAGCCUGAAUUGCUCACUGAUGGACCCCAUGACAUCGCGAAGUGUGCCGCCGUCACCGAGACCGUGCUGGCCGCGGUCUACAAGGCCUUGAACGACCACCACGUUCUUCUUGAAGGCACCCUCCUAAAGCCCAAUAUGGUGACCCCCGGGUCCGACAGCCCCAAGGUGGUGGCGGAGGUCAUUGCGGAAUACACUGUCAGGGUGAUGCGCCGGACCGUGCCACCAGCUGUUCCGGGGAUCGUGUUCCUGUCUGGAGGGCAGAGCGAGGAGGAGGCGACGGUGAACCUGAAUGCCAUGAACAAGCUCGAGGUUCUGAAGCCUUGGGUGCUCUCCUUCUCGUUUGGCCGGGCUCUCCAGCAGAGCACCCUCAAGACAUGGGCUGGAAAGAAGGAGAAUGUCGCCAAGGCCCAGCAGGCCUUCCUCGUCCGCUGCAAGGCCAACUCCGAUGCCACUCUAGGGAAGUACAUCGCCGGAAGCGGUGGCGAGUUGGCCUCGGAGAGUCUAUACGUGAAGGGUUACAAGUACUGAUCGACGAGCUGAUGCGCCAUGUCAGGUAGCGGCCGCCAGUGCUGCCUUGGCUUGUCCAGGGAAAAAGUAAAAGUGCAGUGACUCAAUUGUAUUAUUUAAAAACCUUUGUACUUCAUAUGUUCUUCUCCUUCCCUUCCCUUUUGGUACAUAUACUUUAUAUUGUUGCUUCACUUUAACUCUUUGGCGAUAAUCUAAACUAAAGCACUUCAUUAACAGAUGGGAAGUUGUAUUAUUCUGA